AUGGAUACAGAACAAGAUUCAAUUACGAUUUGGUUUGAUGGAAUGCUUCCUAAUGACUCUGCAUCAACAACAAUAACAAUAAAACGUGCGGUUCAUUUUGCUCUGUGUAAAGUUGAUCCAUACUUAAGAACUUUUCGUGAUUUAGACAAAUUUUCUAAAGUACGUUGUGUUCAUACUGAUUUAAAUUUGCUAUGCAAUGAACUAAAUCAAAUAUCAACUAUAAGACGUCAACGUCACCAACGACCGACAGUUGAUGAUUUUAAUAUUUAUUCAUUAAGUUGCCUGUCCGAUUCUUCAACGUCUACUGUUUCUUCCACACAAUCUUUGUUAUUAUCGAACAAUAAUACUCAACGACAAGAAGCUGAGUAUAUGUAUUCACUGUUGUUACGAGGCAUUUUAAUUCGUGCUGAUUCAACAGAAGAAGAAAUGAUUUCAUUUUUUCGUCAUAUAUGUAACAAUAAUGCAGAUUUAGAAAUAAUUGAACAAUUCGAAACCUAUUAUGAGGCAAACAAUGCCAUUUUUUGGUAUACACGUGAUACAUUUCUCUAUCGAAUAUUAAACAAAGCAUGGAGAGAAGAAGAUGUUAAAACUUUAUAUUCGAUGCGAUAUUUUAUUAAAGAUAUUCAUUUACAAUUACUUGAAAAACAUAUUUUACAACAGCGGGCAUUAAAAGAUACUCCAACAAAUGAUAUCAUUUAUCGAGGACAACUUAUGAAAACUGAAGAAUUUAACAGAAAAAUACGACAUAAUGUUGGAGGUCUCUUUUCAGUUGUUAGCUUUUUUUCAACUACAAUGGACGAAAAUCUGGCUAGUGUUUAUGCUGGUAAUAGUGAAAAUAAUCAUCAGCAUCUCGAUGUAGAACAUGUUUUAUUUCAAAUCAAAAUUGAUAAAAAUGUCUAUAGAUUUUCUUACGCUAAUAUUUCCAAACAAAGUGCUUUUGAGAAAGGAGAAAAUGAAAUAUUAUUUAAUAUUGGAGCAAUUUUUCGAAUUGAAUCAAUAAAUCAGGAUGAUCGAAAAGUUUGGAUCGUUCAUUUAAAAUUAACUGAUGAUGAGGAUAGAGAAUUAAAGAAACGAAUUGGUUGUCUCGAAACUCAAAUACUUACACCUUAUCCACAAUUAAACUUAGGAAGAUUAAUGGUUGAAAUGGGUAAUUAUAGUGCUGCUGAAGAAUAUUAUCUUUCAUUAUUUGAAAAUAAAAACAUGAUUAAAGAUUUAGCAUAUCUUGCAGGUAUCUAUAAUGAACUUGGACAGAUUUACCAACAAACUGGUGAGAAGAUAAAAGCUAUUGAAUGCUUUUCAAAAACAAUUAAUGUCGAACUUGAACAUUUACUUCCAACUCAUAGAAAUUUAGCAAGACUUUAUUGUCGUCUUGGAAAAAUUCAUCAUGAACGAGGUGAUUAUAAAGCAGCUUUAAUAAACUAUCAUGAAGCGCUCGAUAUUGAACUAAAUCAGGAUAGACCAGAGGAAAUCACACUUGCCAAAUACUACCAUGCCAUUGGUGAAGUAUAUUAUGUACAAGGUCGUUAUACAGACGCUUUAAUAGCGUUUGAGAAAUGUCUCACUAUGCAAUUGAAGAUUUUACCUAAAGAUUAUUCCGAUCUAGCAACAACAUACACUAACAUCGGACUAAUUCACUAUAGACAAUUUCAUUACGAUGCAGCAUUAGAUUUUUUUAAGAAAACACUUUCGAUACAAUUAACUUUGCAUCCUUCACAAUGUCCUUGGUUAAGUAAAAGCUAUGGAAAUAUAGCUUGGACAUUGUAUCAGCAGGAUAAAUUCAUAGAAGCAUUGAAUUACAUGAAAAAAGCAUAUGAAAUUGCUGUAAACAAUUUUUCAGUUGAACAUGAACAUUCAAAACAAUGUCAGCAAUGGAUUGUUGAAUUAGAAGAAAAUCUAGCACGGACUACUCAAGAGAGAAAAUGA